AUGGACAUCAUGCAGAAAAUGUUGGAUGAGCAGUAUAUUACACAUGCUUCUGGAGAAACACUUAGAACCUUUAUCUAUGGGUUCUAUUUAUAUAGGAUACCUCCUGAAAGAGAGCCUGAAAGGGCUACAACAAACUUGACUCAACCAAGCCCAUGGCAUUCAGCUGCAAUGGAGGAUUUUACAGCUUUUCAGAGGAAAUGGUUUGAGGUGGCACUGGUGGAAGAAGAACUACUCCAUUCUGAAAUCCCACCAUUUCUCCUGCCUUGGUUACCCAGUCGGCCAGCCUCUUAUGCAAGUAGGCACAGUUCUUUCAGCCGCAGCUUCGGAGGAAGGAGCCAGGCCGCAGCGCUGCUAGCUGCCACUGUCCCAGAGCAGAGAACAGUAACCUUAGAUGUGGAUGUUAAUAACCGCACGGAUAGACUGGAAUGGUGCAGCUGCUAUUACCAUGGAAACUUCUCUCUAACAGCUGCAUUUGAGAUCAAACUGCACUGGAUGGCGGUGACUGCUGCAGUACUUUUUGAAAUGGUUCAGGGUUGGCAUAGGAAAGCAAACUCCUGUGGUUUUCUACUUGUGCCUGUUUUGGAGGGUCCAUUCGCAUUGCCGAGCUACCUAUAUGGAGACCCCCUGCGUGCUCAGCUCUUCAUUCCCCUUAAUAUUACCAGCCUAGUAAAGGCUGAGAGUGAUCAUCUAUUUGAAGGUUUUGAGCCAGAGACCUAUUGGGACAGAAUGCACUUGUUGCAGGAAGUGAUUGCAUAUCGGUUCGGUUUCAUUCAGGACAAAUAUUCUGCAUCUGCCUUCAACUUCCCAUCAGAAAAUAAACCUCAAUAUAUACAUGUGACAGGUACUGUAUUUUUUACAGCUGCCAUAUUCAAAGCGGAAAUAUACCUCAGGUCAGCAGAGACGGAGAAGAAAUUCCACCAGUUCAUCAACUCAGAGUCUGUUUGGUGAAGAAAAGAUAGGUUACAAUUGGGCCUAUAAUACUAUGCUGACCAAAACCUGGCGGUCCAGUGGCACAGGAGAUGAGCGAUUUGCUGAUCGUUUGCUCAAGGAUUUUACAGACUUUUGUGCUAAUCGUGAUAACAGACUUGCUAACUUUUGGGCCAGCUGUCUGGAGAAGAUGAACACAAGUGAACCCUAA